UUUAACGCAGUGAGUCUGGAGGAAAAGCUGCUGUGAAUCAGUAAAAAUGUCUAAAGUCCAAACGCUGAGAGCUUUUGUGAAGCAGCGACUAACUGCGGCUGCUGAAGAGAUAUUUGAGCAGUUUGAAAGAACGAUAGCAGAGUACGAGGAGGAAGUUUGUCGACAACAGAAACUACUGGACGCUGUUUUCAAGCCUGAAGUCCGGUUACACAGAGCAGACGUCCAGCAGCUUUUGGUGAGUCAAGACGAGGAUCCCUCUGAGCAGCAGGAGGACCCACCAGAGCUGCCACACAUUAAAGAGGAACAGGAGGAACCCCGGACCAGCCAGGAGGGAGAGCAGCUUGGAGGGCUGGAGGAGUUCACAUUCAGUCCUGUCCCUGUGAAGAGUGAAGAAGAUGAUGAAGAGAAACCUCAGUCUUCACAACUUCAUCAGAGCCAAACGGAAGAGGACAGAGAUGAAGGACAUUUGGAAACAGGAGCUGAUGGAGAGGACUGUGGAGGAUCAGAAUCAGACAGGAAGUUUGAUCCAGAUCAUUUACAACCAGCUCCUCAUGACAAGACUUCAGACUCCUCUGAACCUGAGACUGAUGACAGUUGUGAUUGGGAGGAGAGCAGGGAACCUCAGUCAGGCUUAAAGCCUCUGAAAAACAGUGAAAUACCUGGAAGUGAUCUGGAAGGUAACUCUGGAAAAACAUCAACACAACACCUGCAAAAACACGACAGAAUCCAAACAGCAGCGAAACCAUUGAGUUGCUCGGUUUGUGGUAAAGGAUACCAUCGGAAGAAAUCCUUCAGGAAACACGUGAGACUUCAUUUAGAUGGAAAAAGUCUCCACUGCCCGGUCUGUCAAAAAGCUUUCGAGUGGAGGAGCGAUAUUGUGAGGCACAUGAGAAUCCACACGGGGGAGAAACCCUUCAGCUGUUCUGUCUGUGGCGUAAGAUUCGUACAAAGCUCAUCUUUGACGGCACACUUCAGAGUUCACACGGGAGAAAAACCUUUCUCAUGCUCCAUUUGUGAAGAACGUUUCAGUCUCAGAAACAAUUUGUACGAACACGUGAGAAUGCAUAAUGGGGAGAGACCGUUUCAUUGUUCAGUCUGUGGUAAACGAUUUGGAACGAGGAGAAAUCUGAGACGACACCUGGCUGUCCACUCAGGGGAGAAACCGUUUAGUUGUUCAGUCUGUGGGAAAAGAUUCGCACUGAAUGAUAUUCUGAGACAACACCUGGCUGUCCACACAGGGGAGAAACCGUUCAGUUGCACAGUUUGUGGCAAAAAAUUUACUCGACUCCAUACUUUGAAGAAACACAAGUGUGCUGGUGAGAGCAGCAAAUGAAAAUGAAGCUGCAGAGAUUUUGUUUUGUUUGUUCCAGUAGAGUUGAGGUCCUGAGGGCAACACUGAUCAGUUCUAAACUGUGAUACAGAUAAAAGUCGCGCUUCAUCUUAAGCCACGUGAUUGUUUUUAUUCUGUUUUUAUUUGUAUCAUCAUUUUGUUGUUUUCUGGGAGCUGUGCUUUUUUAUAUUACAUCCACUGUAUUCAUUGAUUUAAAGGUUAUUUAAAUAGUCUGCUUAUUUAAUGGUCUUGAAUUGAUCUCUCAUGUCUCAUCUCUCACAAACGCUCGAUUCUUUAGAAAAACGACUGUAAACCUGGAAGACCCCCACAUGAUCUGUCCUAACACAGACUGCUGAAGCUCAUCCUGAACUUCAGAAUACAUUUUUAUUCUAAGUACUGUGGAUUUUGUUACAUUGUAGUUGUGUCACAAAUGGAUCAAAGCUUCCUGAAGUGGAUCUUUAGAAUUCCUUAUAUCAGAAAUAAAAGUGUUUG